GGGCUAGCGGAGCGCAGGGCGCAGGAGCUGGACCUGGCGCUCGAGAGCCAAGCUGAGCGUCCUUUGUGCCGGGUAACCGCCCAGGGAUGCGUCCGAGCUAGAAGACAGGCAUUCCCAAAUGGAAGAUGACCCUCCAGAAGGUGGAAGCUUUGUGUGUAUGUCUACCCCAUGCUGGGAGAGGGUCCAGGAUGGGAGCUGUGUCUAUCUGGGCCUCAGGCCUCCUUUUGCUCCAGAUGCUGCUUGUGGUGGCUGGGGAACAGGGCACACAGGAUGCCACCACUGUUGCCACUACUGCUGCUGAGAAGGGGCUCCACAUGCAGAAGGUGGGGUCCAGUUCUGUGCGAGCUGCACUGGCAGAGCUGGUGGCUCUGCCCUGUCUCUUCAGCCUGCGGCCACGGCCAGGGGCAGCUGGAGAAGCCCCUCGGAUCAAGUGGACCAAGGUGCGCACCGCAUCAGGCCAGUGGCAGGACUUGCCCAUCCUGGUGGCCAAGAACAACGUGGUUCGAGUGGCCAAGGGCUGGCAGGGACGUGUGUCUCUGCCCGCCUACCCCCGGCACCGGGCCAACGGCACGCUGCUACUGGGGCCACUGAGGGCCAGCGACUCCGGGCUCUACCGCUGCCAGGUGGUGAGGGGCAUCGAGGAUGAGCAGGACCUGGUGUCCCUGGAGGUGACGGGUGUUGUGUUCCACUACCGGGCAGCCCAGGAUCGCUAUGCGCUGACCUUCGUCCAGGCCCAAGAGGCCUGUCGAUUCAGCUCAGCCACCAUUGCAGCCCCACGGCACCUGCAGGCCGCCUUUGAGGAUGGCUUUGACAACUGUGACGCUGGGUGGCUCUCUGACCGCACUGUUCGGUAUCCUAUCACCCAGUCCCGUCCUGGUUGCUAUGGCGACCGUAGCAGCCUUCCAGGGGUGAGGAGCUAUGGGAGGCGCGACCCACGGGAACUCUACGAUGUGUAUUGCUUUGCCCGUGAGCUGGGGGGCGAGGUCUUCUACGUGGGCCCGGCCCGCCGCCUGACCCUGGCCGGCGCUCGUGCCCAGUGCCGCCGCCAGGGCGCCGUGCUGGCCUCGGUGGGGCAGCUGCACCUGGCCUGGCACGAGGGCCUGGACCAGUGCGACCCAGGCUGGCUGGCAGAUGGCAGCGUGCGCUACCCGAUCCAGACGCCGCGCCGGCGCUGCGGGGGUCCGGCCCCCGGCGUACGCACAGUCUACCGCUUCGAUAACCGCACCGGCUUCCCUGCACCUGGAGAGCGCUUCGACGCCUACUGCUUCCGUGCUCAUUACCUUUCUCCACAACAUGGAGACCCAGAGACCCCCUCAUCUGGGGAUGAGGGAGAGAUUCUAUCUGCAGAAGGACCCCCAGCCCAAGAACUGGAGCCCAGCCUGGAGGAAGGGGAGGUGGUCACCGCUGACUUCCAGGAGCCUCUGGUGUCCAGUGGGGAGGAAGAGCUUCUGAUCUUGGCAGAGAAGCAGGAGUCUCGAGAGACCCCUAGCCCGGCCCUUGGGGUUCCCACGGUAGCCUCAAGACCUUCCCUGGAGGCUGAGGAGGAGUGGCUGAGCACUGUGGCCCCCUACUCCAGCAGCCUGGAGGCCAGCACUUCGGCUAGUACACACAGGGAGGCGACUCCAGCUGGCCCCAUGCCCAAAAGGAGGGGACGCUUUAAAGGGUUGAAUGGGCGACACUUCCAGCAGCAGGAAUCCCAGCAAGGGCUGGAGGGGAGGCUUGAGGUCAACGCCCAGCCCCCCACCACCCCAGAGGCUGCUGGGAAUCAUGUGGAGCCUCCCCUGACCACUGCAGCCACAGACUCAUUAGGGAGUGGCAGGAGCCAAAGUCCCUGGGCUGUGCUGUCCAAUGAGGUGGAUGUGCCCGGAGCUGGUUCCCCUGGUGGCAGGAGCUCCACAGAGCCCUGGCUGUGGCCCCCAACAGUGGCCCCACCCAGCAUCCCAGGCCCCAGCAGAGCCCUUGGCUUCAAGCUGGAGGAAGCCAAGGGCCCCAGUGUGAGGCUGGCCACCCCCAAACUGCCCCGGUCCCACUCAGAGGCUACUGCCCAGCCUCCUAGCCCCUCAGAGGAUCCCAACACUGUCCCCUGGGAGGCGUCUCCCAUGGUCACUUCCCUAGACCUCCCUGUCAUGGCCAUGCUUCGUGCCCCUAAAGUGUGGCUCCUACCACACCCUAUGCCCCUCCCCACGCAGGCCAGUGGGGUCAAGGGUCACAGUGAAGCCAUGGCCACUUUCGCACCCUCCCCAGCCUCAGAGACCCAGGCCAGUCCCCAGGACCCCAUCCACCCAGAAGUGUAUUCCUUGCCCACUUCCUUGGGCCUGACAGAACAAGAUAGAGAGGCCAUGUUCCUGACAUUUGGUGACCACGAAGCAGGAAGUCCCACAGCCCCCUCACAGGUAGCCAUGGAUACACAAGCUGGAACCAGUCCUAACUCUCCCAGGGCAGACUUUGGAGAAACUGGGGAGACCAUCCCCACUGGACUAGGCAAAACUGAGCACCCCAGAUCCAGCCCACAGGCUUCUGUGGAUGGGAAAGUGGCAGCAGAUUUCACCCCCAUGGAGAUGGCUACGGAGCCCCUGGGAGGAAGAGGCAUCUCAGGGUCUGAGUCUGGGGUCUUCAACACAGCAAAGAGCCCCACUUCCAGCUCACAGGCCACCAUGGAAGAGGCACAGGGCAUGUGGCCCUCACUACACAGUGAACAGCUGGACCCCUACCCCACCUCUGCACCAUUGAGAGGCCCCAGAGUCUCCCUGAAUUUGGAGCCUUGGGCUGCUACAGACGGAGGAGGUACAGUGGGUCCUGUGGAUUCCACAGCCAUCAGGGACUCCAGUGAUACUGAUGGGAUUUGGAAACCUGGAUCUCAUAUGGUUGAAAGAGAUGAAAGCCCCACCAUGAGCCCUCUGGUGGCCGUGGAUAAAAAUGUGGUGACAUCCCUCAUGUCCCUGGACCAGGGGGACAAGGGUGAGGUCCUGGCCACGUCCACAAUGGACUCCUCCAGCUCCCAACCCCACCCAGAGCCAGAGAGCCAGAUGGUGACCUGGGGAACACAGGGAGCCUCAGCCCUUCCACACGAGGACAGCCUCCCUGGGAAGCCUGCUCGUGCUCCUUGGACAUCUACAGCGGCCAGCACUAGCAAGCCUGUGUCAGAGUCCUUGGGGGAGCCUACAGUGCCGUGGGACUCCCCCAGCACCCUGCCGCCCACCCCUUGGGUCCUGGACAAGCUUGAGCUGGAGGUCCUUGCAGGGAGUGCCAGUGUGGAGGAGGCAGCAAGUGGAGAGGAGCCGGCCCUGCAAGGCAGUUCUGCAAAUGGGAGUGCAGAGCAAACCCCCUUGGAUCCCUGCGAGAACAACCCUUGCCUGCACGGGGGCACCUGUACAGCGAAUGGCACCAUGUAUGGCUGCAGCUGUGACCAGGGCUUUGCUGGGGAGAACUGUGAGAUCGACAUCGACGACUGUGUCUCCAGCCCCUGUGAGAAUGGAGGUACCUGCAUCGAUGAGGUCAACAGCUUCAUCUGCCUUUGCCUCCCCAGCUAUGCGGGCAGCCUCUGUGAGAAAGACACAGAGGGCUGUGACCGUGGCUGGCACAAGUUCCAGGGCCACUGCUACCGGUACUUUGCCCAUCGGCGAGCAUGGGAGGAUGCCGAGAGGGACUGCCGCCGCCGAGCUGGCCACCUGACCAGCAUCCACUCACCUGAGGAGCACAGCUUCAUUAACAGUUUUGGACAUGAAAACACAUGGAUUGGCCUGAAUGACAGGAUCGUGGAGAGGGAUUUCCAAUGGACGGACAACACGGGGCUGCAAUAUGAGAAUUGGCGAGAGAACCAACCAGACAAUUUCUUCGCCGGCGGGGAGGACUGUGUGGUGAUGGUGGCACACGAGAGUGGGCGCUGGAACGAUGUGCCCUGCAACUACAACCUCCCCUAUGUCUGUAAGAAGGGCACAGUGCUGUGUGGUCCCCCUCCAACAGUGGAGAAUGCUUCACUCAUUGGUGCCCGCAAAGCCAAAUACAACAUCCAUGCCACUGUACGCUACCAGUGUGAUGAAGGUUUUGUACAGCACCACAUGUCCAUCAUCCAGUGCCAGAGCAAUGGCAAGUGGGACCGGCCCCAAAUCGUCUGUACCAAACCCAGAAGGUCCCAUCGAAUGCGACGACACCAUCACCACCACCAACACCACCACCAGCAUCACCACCAUAAAUCACGCAAGGAGCGUAGAAAACACAAGAAACACCCAGUGGAGGACUGGGAGAAGGAGGAAGGGAAUUUCUGCUGAAGAACUAGGCAAAAGAAAGCACAACCCCCUUCCACACCUCCUCUGGAGCCUUCGCCUGGGGAGACAGAGUCCAGAGAGGAACAAGAGGGUCCAGAAGCCCCUGAGCCCCAAACCACACCCCCCAUAAUCCUUUGUAAAAAGCCCCUCUCUCCUCUUUCUUACAUAUACAGGUCCUCUUGGCAGGUGCAGCCAUGUGUCCGAAAAUCCAGUUCGAGUCAGGCUGGACUCUGGGAGAAUCUCCCAGUAGAGGGAAGCACAAUCGGCAAAGAUCAUUCUUUGCUGCCCUGGUUUAGGCCAGACUAAUGGCUAGUUGCUGAAAUAAGGCUUUGAUAAGGGUGCGAGAGUGUAUGUUUUGAUUUCCACUGAGGAAUUGCUUUUCAUACCAGAGAUGCAGGCUUUGUAAACUCUCAGAUGUCCUAAAUGCAGCCUUUGGUUAAGGUCACUGUCUUUGGGAGUGGAAAACCACAUGGAAGCACACUGCUUGAACUUGAGGACUGCUCUUCUGUUACCUUGGACUUGAACCCAAGUUCAGUCUUUGGUCUUGGUGGAUAAACAGUGUUGAACUCCUAUGUACUGAAUUUUAGGAAUGUUUUUAGAAUACCCUCCUUCCAUGUCCUCAGAGUUAGGGGUCAGAAUAGUCAGAGCAAUAUGUGGGCAAUAAGGGAAGGUGUAUUGCUUAUCCUCCCAGAUCUUGUCCCAGUGCUGAGAUUUGGUGGUUCUGCAUGUGUGGUAAAUCUCACACACACACACACACACACACACACACACACACACACACAGAUGAAAAGAUAUUUAGGGCUUGACAAGCCCAGAUUUCUUCCCCCUCCAUCUCUCAGGGAGACAAAAACCUCCUUCCUGGACCAAGGAGGUGCCAAGUUUUCUAGCUCAGUGCCAGUGCCCAUCCCUCAAGAAGACCUUGGCAGUGCACUGCCCUGGGUCCCACCCUCACCCCAUCCCUGUCCAUCCAUUGCCUGGGAGACUGGAAAUGCUUAAAAACUGAAGUAGUGACACCUACCUGCAGUCAUGUUGUGGAGAGACUCACUGUGCUAAAAACUGAAGCAUGUACACACAUUUUUCUCUCAUAGUUUUUAAAAAAUGUUUUAAGUGGGAAAGAGCUCACCUGGCCUUCCCCCAACUUUGCAACCUAUAAAAGGACUUUCCAAGCUAAAGUCUGGGAAUCCAGCCCCUCCCGAUCUCUAGGAGGAAAGAUCCACAGCUUUUCUUCCAUAUUUUUUCUAUGCUCAGCCCCUCCAGUCUGGGUAAAUACCUGCGGAUUAGUGUUAAAAACCCACUGGAAAAUGACCCUCUGCAGGAAAGAAACAUAAACAAACAUAUGGUCCCUCUAAAGGUUCAGUAGAGAAAGGAAUGUGUGGCCUAUAUCUGUCCUGGGAAGUCAUAUAGUUGACAACUUUGGAGUGGGUACCACUCUAAAAAUUUACACACUAUCUCCUUGAAUCUUCUCAACAGCCCAUUGACUUAGGAACCAUUACGCUCCCAUUUUAGACAUAACGAAACUGAGGCUCAGACAAGACAAUGGCACUGGCUUGAAGUCACAGCCAAGACAGAAGUAAGGGUUUACUCCUGCUUCCGUCUGACUGCAAAUGCUGUCCUAUGCUUUGGGGAAGGAAUUGGAAUAUAAUUGUGCUCCCUCCCAGACACAUAGGCAGAUUUAGGAAAAGACUAAGAAGUGCAAACUAGACCCUCAUCCUUGACCAUGGUCUUUCGUCUUCCCUGCUAUAGAUAUUGUCCACUCUUCCACCAUACUGUCAUUGUUGAGAAAGCCCAGGGAUAUAGGUUUGCCUUCUUGUUUUGAUAAUUCUUGUUGGUUUAAAAAUAUAAUAACACAUCUUCAGCCAUCCAUGUCACAAAAGAAUUUUCCUUUGUUGGGGGUGCUGGGGAUGCAACUUUUGGGGGGGGGGCAGGGUCUUAGUUUAUGAUCCCUGCCCUUGGCCCCCUUGUAUGCUUGCCCUGCCCCCACCCCACCUCUAUGGUGGGAAGGGGUUCUGGUCUUUUCUAAAGUGGGUGGUUUGUCUUUUGGUCUUUUCCUUUGGGAUGUGUGUGUGUUUGUGUGUGCCACAUGUGUGGCAUGCAUGUGUGUGUGUGUGAACAGCUUUGAGUUUCACUGGUUUUGCUGUGAGCUACAGUUAUCCGUGGGUCUGUGGCAUCUGACACUGUGGACAUUAAUGUACUUCUUGGACAUUUUAAUAAAUUUUUUUAACAGUUCAA